AUGGCUUCCUCAGCAGAGAUCCACGACCCCAACGACGGCAUCUUGCGACCACGGCCUCGCAAGCCAGUCCACUCGCAGCUUUCACAGCUGACGACGAGUACCUCGGCGAGCACCAGCGGAUAUUUGGAUCACAAUGAAACCGGUACAACCACCGGCCAGACAAGCGGCCGAUCGACGCCCGUCCCAGCCGAUGCCCUACCGUCAGUCAAGGUCCUGUCGAGCGCCCGCAGGCAGGCCCGCGCCGAGCAGCGGCGGAGGAUCUUCCCGACCAUAGAGUUCGCCAGCCGAGUGUCGCACUUUGACCCGAAUUCCGACUACCGCGACUUCCAUGGCUUCUUCAACCUCUUCUGGGUCGGCCUGUUCAUCAUGGGCAUCACGUCCAUGCUGCGCAACCUCAAGGAGACGGGCUGGCCCUUCCGCGUCCAGAUCUGGACCCUCUUUACAAUCAAGUGGUGGCACCUGGGCCUGGUCGACUUCGCCAUGGUGGCCAGCGCCUCGCUCGUGUACCCGCUGCAGAUGUACGUCAGGAAACAGAAGGCCGGGAGCGCCAUGACCUGGGCAAAAGGAGGCAUGGCCAUUCAGAGCGUAUACCAGGUCGGGUGGAUGGCGUUCUGGGUCGCGGUGCCGUUCGUGCUGGAGUGGCCGUGGACGUCGCAGGUGUUCCUGAUCCUGCACACCAUGGUCAUCCUCAUGAAGAUGCACUCGUACGGUUUCUACAACGGCCACCUCAGCGAGACCGAGAAGCGCCUGCACGACCUCGACAACCCCAAGACGGCCUCCCGCGAGCCCGCCUACCUGUACCCGACCGCCGAGAACCCGGGCGGCACCGUCUCGAGCCCCAUACACAGCAAGCACCCCGAGCACACAGACAGCCAGGAGGAGGAGGAGGAGCUCGCGCAGCUGCGGGAGGACCUCGCCAGGGAGCUGACGAGCCCCAUGGGCAACGUCACGUACCCGGCGAACCUGACCUGGUCCAACUACGUCGACUUCCUCUUCUGCCCGACGCUGUGCUACGAGAUCGAGUACCCGCGGUUCGACAGCAUCGACUGGAAGAACCUGAUCGCCAAGAUCACCGCCGUGUUCGGGUGCAUCUUCCUGCUGACCGUCAUCUCGGAGGAGUUCAUUCUCCCGACGCUGCAGGAGUCCUCGGCGCGUCUGCACGGCUCGGACCCGGCCCCGGGGGCCCUCGAGUCGCUCCUCAUCCUGGCCGAGACGACGUCCUGGAUGCUGUUCCCCUUCAUGCUGACCUUCCUGCUCGUCUUCCUCGUCAUCUUCGAGUACGUGCUGGGCGCCUUCGCCGAGAUCACCCGCUUCGCCGACCGGCACUUCUACAGCGACUGGUGGAACAGCACCGACUGGAUGGAGUUCAGCCGCGAGUGGAACAUACCGGUAUACAGCUUCCUGCGCCGCCACGUCUACAGCGCCUCGAGGCCGCACAUCGGCCGCGCCUACGCCACCGUCAUCACCUUCCUCAUCUCCGCCGUCGGCCACGAGAUCGUCAUGGCCUGCAUCACAAAGAAGCUGCGCGGCUACGGCUUCGUCUGCCAGAUGCUGCAGCUCCCCAUCGUCAUGCUGCAGCGCACCAAGCUCGUCCGCGGCAAGAAGACGCUCAACAACGUCGCCUUCUGGUCCUCCAUGAUCAUGGGGCUGAGUCUGAUCUGCUCCCUCUACGUGCUCCUCUGA